AAUCAGCAACGUUGUUUACAAUCACUGACAGGGUCAUAGUUAAUUCGUUCCAACAUGGAGACAUUUCACGGCUAGCAUGCGAGCUAGCUAAGUAGAUGAACAACAUUGAGAAAGACCUUGGUGGAUUGUACUCUACAUAGGAAAUGAAGUGUUCCGUAAUAUAGAUAAGAUAUCGGGAAUUUUUUUUCGUUUAAGAUUAAAUAUGAUGGGAUCGUCGUCUUCACAAAAGCUGUGUAUCCUGUACCUGCUACACCUGGGACAGAGAAUCCCUCAAUGUUUUCAACUGCCAUGGGUGAGACCUUACCUCAGACUAGGAACUAUCUGUAGUAUCACCACUGGACCUGAUUCAGCCACUCCUUGUAGUAUCUCUACCAUUGACCGUAUUGGACCCGAUUCAUCCACUCCUCCUACUCUGAAUACAUCAACCACAGACAGUAGCCAACAGACAGCAACUACAGUCAGUAGCCCUGAGUCUGGCUCUCGCCCCAGUACCUCUGACUCCCCUCCUGCCAAGGCCAAUGGCCCUCCACCCACUCCCACCCACUGCUGUAUGAGCGGUUGUCAUAACUGUGUAUGGAUCGAGCACACAGAACAGCUCCUAGCCUACUACCGUAAUGGAGGGUUGGGGAUAGAAAAGGUCCUGGCUGCUAUUGAGGAGAAUGUCCCGGAUGAGAACCUAAAAGCCUUCCUAAAGAUGGAGAUCAGGAUGAUGAAGAAGUCAAGUUUUUAAGUAUGGCUUUGUGCGGCAGUGAGUGAGCGGGAAUGGGGACAUUGAGGGCAUUUUUAUACUGUGCACUUUAAAAUCACUCCCUCAGAUUUGAGUACUGGUGUGCAUUUUAUCGUAUGAAUUUGUCAAAACUGUCAUUUUACUUGUUCAAGGACAUUUUAACUAGCUUUUGUCAUUAUAAAAUCUUCUUACUUACUAUAGAUUAGGUAUUUUACAUGAGUAGCAUAAAUCAUGUAUUAUCAAUUUAUGUACAGUUGAAGUCGGAAGUUUACAUACACGUUAGCCAAAUACAUUUAAACUCAGUUUUUCACAAUUCCUGACAUUUUAAUCCUAGUAAAAAUUCCCUGUCUUAGGUCAGUCAGGAUCACCACUUUAUUUUAAGAAUGUGAAAUGUCAGAAUAAUAGUAGAGAGAAUGUUUUAUUUCUUACCAUCACAUU